CGCACGUGUAUGGGAGCUGAGUUGCCGUUUCCUCCACUUGCGGCUUGGGCGGCUGUGCCAAUUCUUGGCUGUCCGGCAAGGCUGCUCCUGGGUCCCGCUCCGGGCAGGUGCCGCCAGGAAAACCUUUGGAGGAAGCUCUGCUUGCAGGAUCCCAUCUGGCUCAGUCACCGGGACCAGAAGUUUCGUCUUCUCAGCAUUUGGACUCAUCCUCCUGCCCAUCCUUCAACCUUUUGGCCAAAGUUCUGCUUGUUACAGUUUCCUUGGAUUGAAAGCUGUGGACGUGAGCAGCCCCUGGAGACUAUGCAGAGGGAGGAACACGUUGGCCAAAGGUCCCUUCAGAGGAAUCUGGGGAGACUCUACAAAUGCUCCAAGUGCGGGAAAUCCUUUGGUCACCGGUCCCUUCUUUUGAUCCAUCGGAAGCUGCAUACGGGGAAUGGAUCCCACCUGUGUUUUCCUUGUGGGAACUCCUUUCCUGGAAUGUGGAGCUUUGCCAAACAUCUCCGGAGCCACCCUGGACUGAAGCCUUACAGAUGCGGAGAGUGCGGGGAGCGUUUUGCUAAAGGCUCGGACCUUGGAACCCAUCAGGGAAUCCACCAGGGAAAGAGAUCUCAGGAAUCCUGGAAGUGCUGGAGAAGAUUUCCUGGGAGACGGCAUCUUUCUAGGCCUCAGAAGAGCCUGGCUGAAGAGAAGCCCUGCAAGUGUGUGCAAUGUGGGCUGUGCUUUUCUCAAACCUCGCAGCUUCUUAAACAUCAACAAAUCCACAGCAGAGAGAAACCUUAUCGAUGUCUUGAGUGUGGGAAAUCUUUCCGUUAUAAACAAUUAUUUAGAAAACAUGAGAUUAUUCACACGGGGCAGAGUCCUUAUAAAUGCUUUGAGUGUGGAAAAUGUUUCACUCGGAACUCAUCUCUUUGCCAACAUAAUAAAACACACACAAAGGAAAGCAAAACGUGCCUAGAAUGUGGGAAAUCUUUUUCCAGGAAAUCAUGCCUGCUGAAACAUCAGAGAAUUCACACUGGAGAAAGACCCCAUCAGUGCCCAGAAUGUGGGAGAUGUUUUGGCCAGAAGUCAGCUCUAAUUCGACAUCAGACUAUACACACCAGAGAAAGACCCAAUCAAUGGCCAGAAUGUGAGAAAACAUUUGUGGAUUCUUAUGAACUUCGGAGACACCAAAGGACACACACGGGAGAAAAACUAUAUAAAUGUAAUGAUUGUGAUAAAUGUUUUUCUUCGAAGGAAACUCUUUUUCAACAUCAGGGUAUCCAUACACGGGUGAAGCCCUUUAUGUGCAUCGAGUGUGGAACAUUUUUCCGUACAAUACAAAGCCUCCGAAAUCAUGAGAAUGUUCACAGAGGGGAAAAAAAGUUCAAAUGUUUAGACUGUGGGAAAUCAUUUGCUCUUUCAUCAACCCUUAGAAUUCACUGCAAAAUCCAUACGGGUGAGAAAUGCCACAAAUGCUCAGUGUGUGGGAAAUCUUUUAGACGGAAAGAUGGACUUGUGCGGCAUCAGAGAAACCACUUAGAGAAGCAAUAUAAAUGUCCAGAAUGUGGGAGAUCUUUUGGCUUCAAGACAAGCCUAAUGCGACAUCAGAGACUUCACACUGGAGACACACCCUUUCAAUGCCCACAAUGUGAGAAACGAUUUGUGGAGUCUGCUGGACUUCGGAGACAUCAGAAGAGGCACACGAGAGAGUUGCCCUAUAAAUGUGGGGAGUGUGGGAAAAGUUUUCUCACAGCAAAACUGCUUCAGGUUCAUCAGAGAAGCCAUUAG